AUGGGGCGUUGCUGGAGCGAAAAAGGGCGUGUUCUCUACGCUAUCGUCAUCGUCUUGCUUUUGCAGGUGUCUUACGAACGUGUACGAGCUCAGAGAGAACACACGGUCGUCAUCGGUGAACAACGGUCUCUUCUUCUGCUGUUUCAGGUUCUCAAAGCCGCGGACGAUGGACCCGUUGGACUGUGCGAGGUACGCAGACUCCUUCUGGAAGAUGUCUUCUUCGAUGAGAGUGAUCCGCUGAUCGAGCUGCUUCUUCUUCAGGAUCGCCUGCUGGAGCUGCUUCUUCAGCUGCUCGUACUCCUUGAUGUCGGGCAUGGCGUGUUGGCGGUGCUUACUGUUGUUGUUGUUGUUGUUGUUGAUGUUGAUGUUGUGGACGGGGAUGAAAUUUUUGCCGUCGGCGUAAACAAACGUAAACAACAACAACAAGCACACAGCCAAACAUCGCUAAUGACAGCAAUUACAUCGGUGGUGAUCGAAAACGGGUCCUACGAGACCCGUGCAGGGUUCUCAAACGACCAACUGCCACAGCUCGUGUUCUCGUCGUUGUACUCAAAGGAUGCCAACGGUGACAUAGCCGUUGACACACACGAUCCCAAUAGUGAGCUUCUCACGAUACUGAACGAUGGACUGGUGUAUAACUGGGAGGCAUUGGAGGCAAACUGGCGCUACGUGUACUCCAAGCUGAAAGUGGAUCCCAGUGAGCUGCCCCUUGUCAUCACGGAGGAGAUCUGGAACAACAAGCGUAACAGAACAAAGCUCUGUGAACUGGCCUUUGAGAAGCUCGGCGUGCCUGUCUUUGCCAUUGUUAAGACGCCAUUGGCAGUAACAUACGGUGUUGGCCGCUCCACGUCCCUCGUUGUUGAUAUCGGAGCUGCCACGACGUCUGUUACCCCCGUGGUUGAAGGUACUGUUCUGUACAAGGGUGCCAUACACACAAGAUUUGCCGGCGAGUGGUUAAACCUACACGUCCGUAACUAUCUCCAGCACGAGAGCACGGCUCCUGCGCUUGAGGACCAGUUCAAGGGCUCGGAGUCGUACAAAAGAUGGAAGACUUCACAAGUGCUGAACGAUUUUAAAGAGACCACGCUCUCCGUGUCUCCUUAUCCGAUCGUCAGCUCGCAGACGGAGUUCAACAUCUCUCCAAAGACGUAUGAGCUGUCACCAGGCGAGAGAGUCCAAGUCGGCAAGGAACAGGUGCUGUUGUGUGAGCCGUUAUUCAUCCCACAGAACUACAAGCCGGGAGGAGUGGAGAUCCCACAGGAUGCCCUGGGACUCACAGAGCUGAUUCUCUCGUCUCUGAAGAAGCUGGAGGUGUCCAACGAAACAUAUUUUGCGCUCCUGACCAACGUUGUCAUCACUGGUGGUACUUCUCUAAUCCCUGGUCUUGAGCAGAGGCUGCUGUCGGAUCUCGCAAGAUUCCUCCCACAGUACAACAUCCAGAGCUACUCCAACCCGAACGUGUUCGAGAGAAGCAGUGCAGUCUGGCUCGGUGCAAGCACUCUGGCCAACAUGAACGCCUUCGAGGCUGCCUACAUCGCCAGAGAUGAGUUCCUAGAGCGUGGGCCAGAGAUCGUCUCCGAGAAGUUCAAGUGAUGCUCGAGCGAUGCUCAAUUGACCGUCCACCACCGUGCGCUCUGCCACCGCUCUGCCACCGCUUGACACACACCGACUCCCUGACGCUCCAACCAUCCACAACUAUCCCACAAUAGAUCGAUUUCUGUUUGUAUAUUAAAAGUAGUUGUAGAGAGCCAUUUUGAAGUGAUUCACGGUCGCCCGGGCAACAUGCACCGUGUACCCAGAGGAAGAAAAAG